UUCCUCUUGAUUGGCAGGGUCCAGCAUGGGGUGCAAAGGAAAAGUGUUCCACUGAGAUGUACACCCUCAGUGGGGAAUGCUGCAAGGCCUGCAACCUGGGAGAAGGGGUCGUGCAGCCCUGUGGAGCGAACCAGACUGUCUGCGAGCCGUGCCUGGACAGUGUGACGUAUUCGGAUGUCGUCAGUGCCACAGAAGCCUGUAAGCCAUGCACGCAGUGUGUGGGCCUCCAGAGCAUGUCGGCUCCUUGUGUGGAGUCGGACGAUGCUGUGUGCCGCUGUGCCUAUGGCUACUACCAGGAUGAGGAGAGUGGCAAGUGCAAGGAGUGCAAGAUCUGUGAGGUGGGCUUUGGCUUGAUGUUCCCCUGUGGGGACACACAGGACACCAUCUGUGAGGAGUGCCCCGAGGGGACUUUUUCAGAUGAAGCCAAUCAUGUGGACCCCUGCCUGCCCUGCACCAUCUGUGAGGAGAAUGAGGUCCUGGUCAAGGAGUGUACGCCAGUGUCUGAUGCUGAAUGCAGAGAUCUUCAUCCACGUUGGUCACCUCGGACCCCUACCCUGAUGGGGUCUGAGAGCCCUAUGUCUUUCACCAAGGACCCAUAUGAUACAGAAGGCAUCGUCAGCACACUAGCAGGUACCGUCACCACCAUCAUGGGCAGCUCCCAGCCAGUUGUGAGCCGUGGCACUGCUGAUAACCUCAUCCCUGUCUACUGCUCCAUCCUGGCGGCUGUGGUGGUAGGUCUGGUGGCCUACAUUGCUUUCAAAAGGUGGAACAGCUGCAAACAGAACAAACAGGCUGCCAAUAACCGGCCAGUGAAUCAGACACCUUCUCCAGAAGGAGAGAAGCUUCACAGUGACAGUGGGAUCUCCGUGGAUAGUCAAAGCCUUCAUGACCAGCAGCCACAGACGCAGACCACACAGGGACAGGCUCUGAAGGGAGAUGGGAACCUGUACACCAGCCUGCCACCUAACAAGCAAGAGGAGGUGGAGAAGCUCCUGAACAGCUCCACAGAGGAUACCUGGCGUCACUUGGCUGGGGAGCUGGGCUACAAGGAGGAUCACAUAGACUCCUUCACUCAAGAGGAGUGCCCUGUCCGUGCCCUGCUUGCCGACUGGGCCAGCAAGGACAGUGCCACUGUGGAUGCCCUUUAUUCUGCCCUGCGCAAAAUCCAGAGGGGGGACAUUGUGGAGAGCUUGUACAGUGAGUCAACUGCCACAUCACCGGUGUGAAAGCCGGGGCAGGGAGGGAGAGGCGCUCCCAAUCAGCUCCUCUGUGACCCCUACAGAGAUAUCACCAGGAAAGAAGAUGUGAAGGAAACAGGGCUCCUUUGGGACCCUGCUAUUUACAAACAAUCCUGUAUGCACUGACCUAUUAUUUUCAGUAUUGAUCUCCCGCUUUUUCCUACUUCCCCUCCCCCAUCUUCCCUCUCAUGGACUGUGUGAUGCUGAAGCAGGAGGGAGGCAGCUGAGGGGAAAUGGGAACGGAUACCUGUUUCAGUUGUGUUGGCCCCGGGGGGCAGUGGAUUCAGAAAGUUCUGUACAUGUACAGCACCCUCUUGUGUGCCCCAACAACAUACCGAGUGGCCACAACCGUUCUUGUUUGCUAUCUCCCAGAUCUCUCCUUGCUUUCUAUUCCUGUCAUCUUGCCCUUUUUCCCUUGCCUUCAUUUUUCUAUCCCAACCUUCUCCCACCUACUCUGCAUCUCUCCCCCUCAUUUCCCAUCAUCUUGUGUCCCCGUUUCUGUUUUCCCCAGAAUUGCACCUCCCAAGUUAAGGAAGAUGGACCUGGCUGAAGGCCAAGAGGACUGGGUGGGUGUUGCAACUAACACCUGGUUGAAGAGGUUGUUCAUGGGAAGUGAGAUAAGGAGUGGGGGAGCAAAAGGAUGCAGCUUAGAAGGAGCUACCCAAGGAAGGACAUGGGGAGCAAAUGAUCCACUUCUAAAACCAGACAUCUGUUCCCCUGGGGCCAGUUAGGGGCAUAGAAGAGUAGGCCUUUUUUUUUUUCUAGCAGUCUAGAGCUACACUGUGAAUCAUGAGCCUUGUGGCAUGUAUAGAGGGCAGUGGGGAAGCAGGAGGCUAUUUUGUGGAGAGCAGUACUACAAGGGCAUACAUGAAACGUGUAUUCCUUAAGUUGAGAAGAGUUUGCCUUGAGUGUUGGCAGUCAGGCUGCCUGACACACUAGGAAACAAUCCCAUUCCAUACAGAAUAAUGUCAUGGUUUCCUGCUCAGGUUCCCAGCUUUCAAAAGCCAGCCAAUUAGUUUAGAUGGUGAUCCCUCAUAGCCAGACAGUACCUAUGUUGGAGGGGAAGUGCUCCACAUAUGAAAUGGCUGGGAAAUUGCUUGCACUGGGGAGAUUGCAAACCAGAGAGCAGAGAAUGGUCACCAUUCUUCACUCAACAUGUGUACCUGUAAUCACUGUACUGCCAAAAAAGAGGGCAGUUGCACAGCCACUGACCCAGAAGCCAUCCCAGAGCUGUUACACCUUGCACUGUGUCCUUCCUGAUACUAGUGAACCAGCCACUGUGGGCUACAAAAUAAUCACAUUUGCUCCAUUAAAUGGAGACCUGAGGAGGGGAAAAGGUCCUCCAGGUGGCCUUAUUGAAUGGAUAAACCAGGCUACAAAUGCAUUGGGUAACUCACUGGAAAUCACCAGCAACUCAGAUUAACCCUUGGGGGUUCAGGUGAACUAGCCAGCUUGGUGUUACCCAAGUUUAUAAUAGCCUGUGCUACUGGACUCAGGGUUUCUUCCUAGUCUCCUUAAUGACAGUGUUAGUGAUGGAUUCUGUUUGGUUCUAUGCAGGUCCUUAGACCACACCCAUCACCAGUACCGGAGCUGGUGAGAAUGAGUUGUAGACCUGGUUCAGAAAAGCUUUCAGAUGCUCAGGUGUCUUUUUCUGAAUUAGCUGAUGCUCUUGGUAUUGGAGAUAUCCCAAGAACAGAGUCCUUUGUUUAUUUUGGGACUUCCAGGGCAGCCUCAGGAAGCAGCAGAUGCAGCAACAUUUUUAAUGGAAGGGAAAAGGGAAUAAAAUUGAUAGAGCUUUUUCCAGACUUUGAAAUAGGCUUGAGUAAAAGCUGGUGGUAGGGUUGAGAGGGAGCCUUUCUUACUUUUCCAAGCCCAUUGGGCCAGACUCUCAGUUAGAAAUUCCUUUCUUGAAGAAGAAAUUACAAACUACAAAAUCAUCCAGGAAUCAGCUGUUAUUUCCCACCCGUUGAAGGAAGCUACCAGUUUCUGGCUCUUGUUCUUAAGAAACAAAUUGAAAUGCAGCUCAGGGCAGGUGGCAUCAAAUGGUAUUCAUACUGCUUCCGCAGAUGAUCUACCUCCUGCCUUCACUGAGUUGCUAGCAUGGCAGAUAGGAGGGGGGAAGUGACUUCAAGUGAGCUGUCCUGAUAAAUACAGGAUGGUACUGAACAUACCUCACUCUAUGUAUCUUGGGAUCUGCACAUGCUAGUGUUUGAACUGCAGCGCUCCAGACAUCUGCAGGGUACAUCACCAUGACCACCCUUAAGAGUUUCAGGAAAUACCACUGACAAUGACUCAAGAAGUCGUGAUGAGGAAGAAUUCAUAAGUCGCCGACUGACUGGAGAGAGAAGGACACAGAAUGUGAGCAUGGCUGUAGAACAUGGAUCUUUCACCAGUCGAGGGGGUGGAAAUUAGAAUCAUAGGAAAAUGGGGCUGGAACGGACCUUGAAGGUCAUUUAAUCCAACUGCUGCUCAAGGCAGGAUCAUUCCUAUCCAAAUCAUUCCAGACAAAUGUUUGUCUAACCUGCACCUAAAAGCUUGAUCAAGAUUCUACAGCUAUUCCGGUGUUUAACCAAAUGUAUAAACUUAAAAUCAAGCCUGAAAGGGUUAGAAACCUGAAACUUGGCUGGGUGUUAAUUUGUUGUUGGUCUGGUCCUUUU